AUGAGCGCCACUCAAACAAUCACAGCCUCUCCAGCAUCGGUCCGGGUGUUCAGCCCAUUUAAAUUAGAAGGUCAAUAUGGUGACUUUCGAGAUGAUUUAGUCUCCCAAGGAUAUGCAGUCGUAAAAGGCGCUGUGUCCCCCGAUAGGGCUAGCCACUACCAGCAAAAGGCCUUUGAAUGGCUCAAAUCCUUUGAUAGCUCAUUGGACUUGGAAAACCCUUCGACCUGGAAAACGGCGCAACUCCCAGUUCAAACAGAUAAGAACACCUAUGAAAACUACGGAGUCGUUCACGAGCGCUUCAUGUGGGAGGCGCGUAUGGAGCCUGGAGUCAUAGAUGCGUUUGCAAAGGUGUGGGGAACUGAAGAGCUGCUUGUCUCGUUUGACUCACUUAAUGUCACUCUUCCCAACCUGAAGGCUGCUCGUGCCCCUUGGCCACAUGUCGACCAGGCUCCUCGGAAGCGUGGUAUGCACUGCGUACAAGGAAUCAUUAAUCUGAGCCAUGCUAGGCCCGAGGAUGGUUCACUAGUUGUUAUACCCGGCUCACACGCUUUGGUUGAAGAAUUCUUUGACACUCAGACGGAUUCUGGAACUUGGGAAUGGCGAGACAAUCGCUAUUUCAACGACAAGGACAUGGAAUGGUUCCGUAAGCAUGGCCUCGAGCCGCAGCGGGUUGUUGCCGAGCCAGGAGAUUUGAUCCUCUGGGAUUCGCGUACCAUUCACUGGGGCGGCGAGCCUACAGAGAAGAGCCAAACCAUUCGCACAGUCAUCUAUGCUGCCUAUGCACCGGCGAAGCUGGCCUCCAAGGAAGCGAUUGUGGAAAAGCAAAAAGUCUUUGCGGCCAAUGGGGCUACGACUCACUGGCCACACGACAACAUCAAGCUCCGAGAGCUGAAGGCCCAACUGCCCGAUGGAACAGCAGAUCCUCGUGAUAGAUCUGAACCUCGUGAGAAGCCUCAACACACCGAGCAACUGUUGAGAUUGGCAGGUGUCAAAGCUUACUGA